AUCCACACUUAAUUAGGUCACUCUCUCUCUCUCUCUCUCUCUCUCAACACAACUCUAGCUAGAGGCACACACACCAUGGAGAUUUCCUUGAGAAUGAAUCCGAAGAUUGCAACAAUGGUUCCAAAGCUACCUAAAACAAGGUCUAGGAGAAAGGGUUAUGAGCUCAAAACCGUACUAUGUAGAGCUAAUGAGUGGACCAUGCAAAAAAAGAACACCAACUUUUAUCAAGUACUUUCUCUUGGUUCGGAGGAUGUUGGUUUCGAUGAGAUAAAGAAGGCACACAGAAGCAUGGCCCUUCAAUAUCACCCUGAUGUUUGUCCUCCCUCUGCAAAAGAAGAAUCCACAAGACGAUUUGUUGAGAUUCAAAAGGCUUAUGAGACACUCUCUGAUCCAAUCUCACGUGAAAUGUAUGAUUACCAGUUGCGUUUGGUCAAGUCAAUGGGAUCUGGAGUUUGUAUGGAGGAAAGGAAGUCCAAAUUUCCCAAGGAAGUUUGGGAAAGCCAACUCUACGGACUAAAGAAAAGGUCUCAGGUCCGAAUGGAGAAGAAGAAAUAUUAUGGAUACAAGUAGAAAGAAGAUUUGUCAUUUUUAACAUUUUUUUUUCUUUUAUAAGAUGUGCGAUACCCUAGAUUAUAUGAAUUGUAUGAGCCGUAUAUUCCAUAAUCAACAUAGAGUCUCAUAUUGAAACGUUAA